ACAACAGGAAGUGGCUCUGGUCAGGCGCUCACUACUCUGGAACAUGGAGGGUCUCAGGCUGGGAGUUUUCGUGCUGGGGAUCAUGGUCGUCUGCGGGACCCCUGUGCAGGAAAGAGGAGGGCCGCUGCCGCUGGUCAUAUGGCACGGGAUGGGUGACUCCUGCUGCAACCCCUUCAGUAUGGGCAGUAUUAAGAAGCUGGUGGAGCAGCAAGUCCCUGGAAUAUAUGUCCUGUCCCUGAAGAUAGGAAACACUAUCGCCGAGGACAUGGAGAACAGCUUUUUCCUCAAUGUGAAUAAACAACUGGAUCUUGUUUGUGAGCAACUAUCAAAAGACCCCCAACUUCAGAAUGGCUACAAUGGCAUGGGCUUCUCACAGGGUGGGCAGUUUCUGAGAGCAGUUGUUCAAAAAUGUCCUUCUCCUCCCAUGAAGAAUCUUAUCUCAAUUGGUGGACAGCACCAAGGUGUAUAUGGCUUCCCCCGGUGUCCAGGAGAAAGUACUUACAUUUGUGACUUGAUCAGAAAGACUUUAAAUGCUGGUGCCUACACAAAAUUUGUACAGGAACAUUUGGUACAGGCAGAGUAUUGGCAUGACCCGCUGAAUGAAGACCUCUACAGAAAUGGCAGCAUUUUCCUCGCAGAUAUCAACCAGGAGCGUGGUGUAAAUGAGAGUUACAAACACAAUCUUCAAACUCUGGAGAAGUUUGUCAUGGUGAAAUUCCUCAAGGACACCAUGGUGGAUCCUGCAGACUCCGAGUGGUUUGGAUUCUACAAACCUGGACAAAGUAAGGAGAUUAUUACGUUACAAGAGAGUUCUCUGUAUACUGAGGAUCGUUUGGGUUUGAAGGAAAUGGACAAGGCUGGAAAGUUGGUGUUUUUGGGUGCAGAUGGAAACCACUUGCAGUUUUCUGAGGAAUGGUUCAAUGAAAACAUCUUACCCUUUCUGCGUUGAUUUUUUUUUUUUUGUGCAUCAAGAAAAUGUUCUUGCAGAAAAGCUCUUAAUAAUUGCACUGGAGUAGUACUUUACUACAACUCAACUGCUGGCAAUAACUGGAAUCAAUCUGUGAAUAACAUGCCCUCUAGAUGCAAUAUAAUACUUGAACAAUUGUUAGCUAGCUGGUUACAGGAUUAUGUGUCCCUGUUCUGUGGUUGAUUAUAUAUGCUGGAUGCCCCCUUUGCAAUAACACCUGAUUAACAUGAACUGCAAACCUUACAUUAACCAAUAGUACAGUGUGUACACAAAGAAUAACUUAUGGCCAAUUAUAUUGCUUGCAGUGUGUGGUCCUAUUCUGACAGGAUCGCAGAGAUUUAUCAAACUGGUGUAAGGUACAACUGGCUUAGUUGCCCAUAGCAACCAAUCAGAUU